CUCUCCUCGGCUGCCUGACAGAGGCAGUCCUCCUCUCCUUCUACUCACCUGCCUGUGUGUCUCUCCCUCUCUCGGUCUGUCUCUUUGUUCAUGUGCCUGUCUGUCGUCUUUAAGCUUAGAAAUAUGGAGUGAACACAGAGCUCGGUAAUGGAGACCACGGUGGACCGGCGUUCCCGCUUUUACCCCCGCGAGAGGCACACAAACUCACCGGACAAAUAAGGCGUCAAAGGACGGCACGCCGGGUUUCAGCGGAAAGCGCCUGUCACUGCUAUUUACCACAGCGGCGCUCGCAAGUGUGAUCUCCUUCAUCCUCCUCCUCUUCCUCGCUGUCAGCACGUCUUGAAAAACAGAUGCCCUGCACGGGAAGUUACGGACUAAACACGGAUACAUUCUCCAAGUCGUCUUCUCCAAUUUCCGAGAAGCGCUCUCACCCGAAGGACUUCUUCCUCUAUGAGCCAGCUCUUCACUGACCUCAAAAACAAGCUCUUUGGCUGCCCCAGUGAGAAGAGCUCCCCCAACUCAGAUCGAGGCUUCUGAGAAAUGAGCUGCCAAUGUAAGUCCCUUGGCUGACCUCAGCGCUUCGCUGGAAAUAUCUUCAAAAGAAUCUCUCUUCUGGCCUGGAGGUCUUCUAGAGGGUUGGACCUCCUCGCCAUCAUGAAAGGCUUAGGGACCAACCGCAGCAGACACCUGUCUGAUUCCUGCGACCCUUCUGCAGACCAUUCAGAGGCCCUCUUUUCUCAGAAGACCACGACACUUCCUCGCAGCCCUUACUUGCUGAGUCCCACAAUGGACCACUAUGGCACCAUGGACCCCCACCUUUACUCUUCAGCCAACCCAAGCUCCCUCCCACCAGAAUGCAUGCUGCCCCUCAACAACCAGCUGUCCAACAGCAGCACCUUUCCUGGGAUUCACUACAACUCCUAUGACCAGUCUGAUUUUUCUCCUCCUGGGGACAGUAUCGGAGGAAUAAGCACAGGGACCUUGGGGACCUCCAUGUCGAUGGGCAUGGGGACGGGAAUGGGCAUGGGCAUGGGCAUGGCGGGGCUGAGCGCACGAACACCUAUGAUUACAAGUGGCUCAGCAACAAUUUCACAUCAUAUGACCAAGAACCAGACCCCACCAAGUCUGCUUGAGUUUGAUAAACAGUUACCUGGUGGCCGUGAUGGAUUCAGCACAUUGCAGUUUCACCGAACAUCUGCUGCUGCUGCUGCCAAGCAGCGUACGGACAGUCCUGGUCGUAUUCGUUACAUGCUGCACUCAGUGCAGAAGCUCUUUGCAAAGUCGCAGUCACUGGAGAGCCACAACAUGAAAGGAAAUGUUAAUGGACGGUCGACCGGCAGUGGAGGAGGUUCGUCUAGUACGGAGGACGGAGGGAAGCACAAUCGCAGAGCCAAAAGUAAAGAUCGAGGUACAAAAUCAGAAGCAACUGCCAAGCGACGGCCACGCUCCAACAUGUCGGGCUACUGGAGCUCGGAUGAUCUGGACAGCAGCGAUUUGAGCAGCUACCACAACACCAUGGCCAUGAUGACUCUCGGGCGUCCAUCUGGCCCCGACAGCCACGGGGGGCAGAACAGAUACAUCCACAGUGGCUACAACACUAUCAGCUCAUCUAAAAGCAGCAGUGACUUAAAGUAUCAGGCACUUCCUGGGCCAGGGGGUGGAGGAGGUGGUGGAUUAAGUGGACUAGGUGGAUUAAGUGGACCAGGAGGUUUGAUGAUGAAUGAUAGUGACUAUAUGAAAGGAGGGUCGUGGUCCACAUUAACCAUGGGUCAACCAAGACAGGUUAUUCAGAAGGGCUCAGCUACUCUGGACAGGUCCAUGCUCAAGUCCAAGUCCUGCCAACAAGAACUAACCUGCAACUACCUACAGGUUGGAAGAAGGGGUGACUGGAGCAGCUCAUUAGGUCGCAGCGGGGGUGCCAAUGAAAUCCCAUGCCGGCGGAUGCGGAGUGGUAGCUAUGUGAAGGCAAUGGGAGACAUGGAAGACAGCGAUGACUCUGAGGGAAGUCCCAAACCCUCACCAAAAACUGCUGCUCGGCGUCAGAGCUACCUCAGGGCUACCCAGCAGUCUCUGAGUGACCAGUUUCCCCCACGCAACUGUCUUCCAUCUCUCAGAGAGUUCUCCAAUAAUCGCAGCCUAGACAACCUAGACUGUAUCGGGAGUAUAGGCUCAUCUUUGCCACCAUGGGACGACGAUGACUUCAGCCAGGCUUGCAGUACCUUGGGCAGACGCAUGGGACAGCUACGAGACCUAGAAAGGAGCCAUCAUUAUGAAGACCGCAGCUCAGAUUCUACAUUUAGAGAUUCCCGUUCCCAUUCUCAGGACAACUCAGAGCCUCCAGACCUACCCAUGCCAACGUGCUUCCGAUCCCGCAGCCACAGCUACCUGAGAGCCAUCCAGGCUGGCUGUUCCCAAGACGACGAAGUUGCAUCCAUCGACUCGGGCUGCUCUCCGCCUCCCAUUGACACCACGGUUCGCACCUACAGCACCAGCACUGACGACCUGUCUGCACAAUGGAAGACAUGGAAAGAACAGUUUGGCUCUUACCUGAGAGCCACAGGCUUGGACAAAGAACCAAAGGAGAAACAACUUGCAAUUUUUCUUCAGCGUUUUGGGGCAGACAGACCACGCAUCCUACCCCCACGCACAGUCUCCACAUGCAUAACCACCUGUAAGAAAGCAGCUCCUCCACCAGUGCCACCCCGUACAACCUCCAAGCCCUACAUCUCAGUGACCGUGCAGAGCAGCACAGAAUCGGCCCAGGACAACUACUUGGACCAGCAGGACAGGAGGUCAGAGGUCAACAGCCAAUCUAGCCACGCUCAAAGCAAUUCUUCUGACAGCCUUGACAGCACCCGUGCCAACAGCCUGGCCCGGGGCAUUCCCCGCCCUCCGCACAUCAUCCCCACUCCUAUUGCUACCCCGAGAGAACCAAUUGCCCCCGCCACUGCAAAUGCUUCCACUGAGACAAGUGACUCUGUAGUCCAGCACGAACCCCUAAAAUCGGGAUUUAAUAAAGGAAAUCUUGCAGCAGAGGAGCCCCUAGUAGCCCCGGUGCCCAGGCGGAAACUUUCCUCCAUUGGCAUACAGGUGGACUGUAUUCAGGAAGUUGCACGAGAAGAGACUCCUCCCCUGACCAGAUUUCAAUCAAUUGGAGUACAGGUGGAGGACGGGUGGCAGCUCAGUCACUCCAGCAGCAUGGCCUCAAAACACGAAACAGACUCAGACACGCAGGACAUCUCUAUCAUCUCCCAUGUAAUUAAUGCCAGACCCACUGAGAAGAAAGUCAUGGUCAAUUGUGCCAGUCAGUCCAUGAGCUCCCCUCCUGGACGAGACUCUUUAGACAGCACCGACCCCACCGGUGACACCUCUUCACCUCCACCUCCCAGGCAGAUUCUCAACCGCUCCACCACAAGAAGCAGCUCUUCCUCUUUCUCGGAAAGUCUGGACCCAGCGUUGGACCCCUCUUCUCUCCCACCGCCAGACCCCUGGCUGGACAGCGGGAAUAACAGCAGUGUCCCUCAGAGCGGAGGAGGGGGAACGCUGUGUCGGAGGGACGGCCAGUGGUUCUUGAAGCUGCUGCAGGCCGAGACGGGACGCAUGGAAGGCUGGUGCCAGCAGAUGGAACAGGAAACCAAAGAUAACCAGCUCUCAGAAGAGGUGCUGGGGAAGAUUCGCAGUGCAGUAGGAAGUGCCCAACUCCUAAUGUCUCAGAAGUUUCAGCAGUUCCGGGGACUGUGUGAACAAAACUUGAAUACAAAUGCCAACCCACGCCCUACAGCCCAGGACCUGGCUGGUUUUUGGGACCUCCUUCAGCUAUCCAUUGAAGACAUCAGCCUCAAAUUUGAUGAGCUUUACCAUCUCAAGUCCAAUGACUGGCAGCCCGUGACAUCUGCAGCUGCCCAGUCAAAUUCUGAGCGGAAGGACGAGGAGAAGGCGGCGUCAAAGAAGCCUGGUAAGGUACGACCACCGCUGGGCCGCGAGAAGAGUGCCGACUCUUCAUCCAACUCUUCCUUGAGCUCGGCAGAGAAACAGCGACAAGAGGCUCGCAAGCGUCUGCUGGCUGCUAAGAAGGCUGCCUCGUUUCGCCAGAACUCGGCCACAGAGAGCGCAGACAGCAUCGAAAUUUACGUCCCUGAGGCCCAGACUCGUCUCUGAAAGAAACUGUGAGAGAGGGCCGUUGGGUUGGAACAAAGGACAGAUAAGUGUCAGUGAAACACCUGGAGAAAGGAGAGGAAGCUUUUGCAAUGUAAAUGAGCCAUCUCAGUGAAGAUGGGUACGGGUGGAGGGAAAAGAGUGGGAAAUUCCUGGGUUUGGAGGGUUUUGACACAUUCAUACAAUAAUAGGCUGGUCCUGGUGACUUCAAAUGAGCAAACAAGUCAUUGAAUAUUUCUCGGACCCAACGGACUUUGAAGCAGGAGACUCCUCAUUUGAGUCUUGCCAUUGAAAACCUCAGCUGAUGAACUUUAUCUUUUCUUGUUACUGUUCUUGAUAUCAUCAUAAAAAAUUGUUAAUGAAGGUAUUGUUAUAAUGACAAUUAUAUCCUAAAGAAUCUAUAUGAAGACUGUUUUAAAUGUUCCUGUAUCUCGGCUAUAAGAUAUUUUAAGCAGACAGAAGGCAAGCGUUAAUGCUUUUCUGUCUUCCAUCGUCCUGCUCUCUUCCCAGACCAUUGGCCAUCUUGUAGCUUUUGCACAACACCGCCUUGUGGCCAUCACAGACACUGCACACAUACCACAAACUCACCUCUGUGUGUCUUCCUCCUAUUUAUUUGUUUGUUUACUUUCUUCAUCAUUUGAGUUAUAUAAAAAUCAGUUUAGAUCAGGUUAUUACGAAUAGUUUUGGUGUGAUGAAACUGAAAGUCAGGUUUAAAGGGGUAUUUGUAUAGUUAGCAGUUACCUCUUGCGUAUGUCCUACAGAGUGGACUGUGUCAAAGAUGUUUUUUAACAAACUUUAGGUUUAGUGUCUGAAUGGAUUUUGAAUGAGAACGCAUCCCAAUAAUCAGGCAAAGCUUGAGGACAUUUUAGGAUACGCACUACCGCUCACUUGUUUUAGGCUAAUGUAGCACUGACCAGCAGAAAUGUUAUAAUUGGCAGCAAUUAAUUAAAAUUUCAGGCUUACAUACCUUCACUCCUGUGUUCUAAUGGCAUGAUCCCUAAUACCAGUUUGUCAUAUUAAAAGAAUAAUUAUUAGGAAACCUUUUUCAGUUAUGUUAACAUAGCUGACAAAACUUGUGCCAUUAACAGAAGCCAUUACAUUACAUGCCAUUACAUUCAAUGUUGUUUCUCUCACUGUGUCAUUCAAGGUUACUAUAGUUAACAAAAACUACCCUAAAAACUAAGAUUAGAUGUUUAAAAAGACAUUUUAGAUAACUAAAGUUUAAAAAAAACUGGGGGGAAUUUAAAACUAUAACUGAAACAAUUUUGUGAACUUGGAACACCAAUAAAUAUACAAAUAAAUAUAUAAAGGAGAUAUCCUUAGUUACUAUCUGUUAGUUAUGUCAAAAUUGUAUUACAGCUUGCCUGAAGAGGCUUUGAUGUGUUUGAAACUCAGGAUCUCUGGACACUGUGAACCAGCUGCUUUCAAAAAGUUAUGUGAUUUUAUUGUAAUACCUGGACUGAUUUUCCUAAAUCUUCCCUUUGACAUAUACAGUCCAUAUAAUAUGAAUUAAAAUGAACACUAAAACGAAACAUUUUCAAAGAAUAGAAACUAAAUUGAAAUAAGAGAAUCACCCCUGGAAAAUAACUGAAAAACAAACAGUCAAAAUAAAAGGUAAUUGGAAAUAGCUGAAGCAGGUCCAGAUAUUGUCACUUUAUAAAAACAUUUAUUGAUUCAUACAAUGUUUGUUUGUUUUUUUUUUUUACUACUUCUAGCUCAGAGAAGUGCAAACCAGCUCUAAAGAGAACAGAAAGAAUGAGAUAAAACCCUGUAGAUCAUUGCGCUAGGAGAUGUAAAUCAGAGUUUCUAGUCUUCUAUUGGCAGAUUUAUUAAAUGGUUCCCAUAAGAGCCAAAUCAUGUUGGUCUGUGAAAAGAACAGUACACACUGUUUAACUUUUCAGGCAUAUAAUAGGUAGUUCCCUUUUUUAAGAGAAUUUUGAGACUACACUAAAACCCAUAAAGGCUGAUGUAUCAGGCUCUUAACUAUCCAAUAUUUUUAAUCCGCGAUACAGUUUUCAUAACAUUAUCAAAUAGGUCAGGAGCACACUGCUUGCAUUACCAGUACCAUGUUUGCUUCUCGUGUUAACAAGUUAGAGCAGUCUGUCUGAGAAGCACGAGUCAGCACUCUGCAUCUAAAAACCCAGAAUGUCACUUUUUUUUUCUCCCCAAGUGAAACAUGCAGCUCUCAGCAAAAUCAGUGAAAAAAAUAAUCUAUUUAUAGUCAUGUUGUCAGGCUAGCAGCACUAUAACUGAUAUUUUUCUGUAUAAUUUAAAGAUGUGGAAUAUAUCUGAGAAACGUUUUUCACAAAUGUGGAAAAACGCAAGCUAAAUAAAAUGUCAUUAAUCUGAUAUAAUAUAGGAGAUAAUUACCAGAAACACAAUGAGGGUUAUAAUUAUAUUAUUAUCAAUAAGUUACCAGAAUCUUUGACAGGGAACAUCUUUGCUGGUGCACUCUUUCUUUCUGAACUGUGUGUGAGCCACAACACUUUAUCGAGAUAGCUGUCAUACAUAGAUAGAAGCUAGGUAGCUAACUUGCACUUGCUGAUGUAAUCUGCCACUGGAGCACAGGAUUGAUCCCUUGAUAUAGAUUCCAGUAAUGAUUGAUUAAUACAUUUUAAUUUGCAACAUUUUUGUAAACCUUUAUACGCAGCGUAAGGUUUAUCCUGCAGCAGCCCUAAAUUAACAGUAUUGGCAAUUACAAAAAUCUUUUUUUUGUGUAAUGGUUAAUCCACCGGCAUGCACACGCUCUUUAAUAAAAAUGAUGUGUUUAAUUCUAAAUAUAAUUAUUUUUGGUAACCAUGAAUUAUCAAAGUUGUUGUUUUGCAAAAGAGAUUUUUUUUUUUAUGAAGAUCCCAAAUUACUGUUAUUUGCUUGCAUUCACAAAUUAGUUUUUGUGCUUGAAUGUUAUAUGUCUGAUUAAUUUCAGACUUGUCUGAGAAGUCCAGUGUACCAGCUCAAGUUUGGGUAUAUUUUGAUUGGUCAUUUUUUUUAGUCUUAUACAUGUUUUCACAGAUGUGAAGUGGGAGUUUUGCAAAAUUACUUCAAACUUUUGAGGGGUAAUGUUUACCUGACAGAAUGACAUGGGGAACUAUAUACCGAAUAUUUAUUCCUUUUGUUGGGACAAAAUCUUUCACUCCUCCUGGUGUCUUUUGCCUUCUCUUUUCCACUCCCUUAGCAUUUUCUGUUUGUGCUGUAACUGCAGAUACAUAAAUAUUUGACUUCUUUAAGUGCUUUUAUUAACCUUAUUUAGGCUUCAUGCAGCAGGCACAGUGUGCAGGUUUUGUUUCAAGAAGUGUUUUUUGAUUUUAUUUUGCUUCCCAUCACUCAACAAAAUAACGAAAUCAAAGUUCAUUGUUACAUUAUCCCCCCCCCCUCCCCAUUAGAGGAGCACCCAAAAUACCUGCACUUAUUUUUAUUCAAAGAAGACUUUCUUAUUAAAGCAUUACAUACAUUAGUGAUUGUGUUUUCAUCAUUUAUUCAGUUGCUUUUUUUUUCUUUCCACUGAAGACUGCGUAAGCCAAAGAUGAAUUCACUGUUUUAAAUUCAUCUUGUGUAUUUAAAUGUCAGCUUCAAGGAACUCAACAGUCGACUGUGAAAAUAGAUUAAGUGCACUGUAGCCAUAGCAACAUAUAGAUUUAAAGAUUUUGAUAAGUCCGUGUUUGACAGCAGAACCGGCCAUCACUUGUGGAUCAAACCUCUCCGUUUGGUUCAUGAACUUAGGAGUUUGCAUUUUGAAAAGCAUCGUUUCUGAAGUCUGCAGCAGCAGGGGCUGAUUUUUCUUUUUUUUUUUCACUCAAGAAAACAUAUGAUGUCUCUGCCAUGUGUUUACAGUGAAAUUACAUAGCUGGCAUUGCAUAAUUUGCAUGAAGGGGACACAUCGCUUUGAUUGCACAUAUCCCCUCACUUUAGAUUUUUACACUGCGAGUAGCAUACCGAACCAGCGAGUCACCCAUAACAUGCCUUAGAUCAACCACUGUCAUUUGCCUGUCUUCCACUCUCAGUUGGUAAGCAAACAAACUCCAACUGUCCUCUCCUAAUUACUUGCCACUGACCUUAGCUGUUGCAGUGUCUGUUUCUCACCUGCUGUGAACCAGAAGUACAUAAUUUGAAUUGGAAAUACCUAGUAAGCACCACUUCUUACCCUUGAUUGCUCACCAUUCUUUCGCUGUUGUGUUUGCCUGCUGGGGAUGUCUCUCAGCCAGAAAAAUGGCACAAAGGUGUCAAUAGUUGGCUCCGUGAUGGCUGUCAGUAUACCCCCUUCCGUUUGACUGGGGGUGAAUAGGGCCGUUAACAUCUGAGGCCUACAGUGUGACUCAAACUUCGUGGUUGGCUUGAUUUAAUUUCUGACUGUCUGGAAAAAACUCGUCUGACGAAAUGUUUUCCUAAAAUAAGCAUAGAUGUCUCUUUUAUGUGUAAGCAGGACGGCUUCUAGUGGAUAUAUAUAUAUAUAUAUAUA